GGAAGGAUUGUUGAAGUAAGUGAAUCAUGGAUGAUCUUGACUGGACUUCGGACGGGAGUGUCGACUCUGAUGCACUCCCACCACUUCCAGCCUUAGUGAUAUGGACCAGCAGAAGGUCAACUGUGUGUCCUCCACCGCAGAACACACCAACUUCUGGUACACCUUAUACAGCUAAUCAACACGUAUACGCCGUUGGCGAGAAUGAAAUAGCGACCUCAGAAGCCUCUUUUGCAAAUUAUGCAAUUCAGCAUACCUCAUUCAGUGCUUGGAACAUACCAUCAGUUACCACCAAUUUUCCGCUAGAUCGUCCACCACCGGACCUGACAGACCGCGUCUGGGACUCUCGACCAGAGUGCCGAAGGAAGGAAGAUGCAAACCCGACAGAGCUUUCAGCAACAGCUGUCCAUAAUCCAUGUUCGAUUCCCAAGACAUCGGCAAUGGAAAUUGAACAAAGAUCGCGAGACAGCGAUAACCAAACUGUGAACCAUCCAAUCUCAGUUUUAGAUCACUACACAGGACACGGGCACGUAGAGUAUGACUUGGAAGAAGACAAUUACUCAAGCACGUCUUCCGAAGUAGACCUUCAAAAUAUCGGACAUGUUCCAGUAUCUCACCGACAGUCUAGCGUUUAUGAGGAUGGCAAACAUUAUGAUCAUCAAAAGCUCAAGAAACAGCAUACACCGGUGACGUAUUCCGCUGAAGGCACUCAACUUCUAGCUGACUUUCCUCAAGAUUCUACGUCGCUCAGCCAGGAACCCGGGGUGUCACUUGAUCGCCAGCAUGAUAUGCGUGAUCGUGCACAUUCACAAACUGGAGAACAGCCGCAUAAAUGUAAGUUUUGCAAAAAAUCUUUUUCCACUCAAUCGAGUCUAACAUCUCAUGAAUGUGCACAUCCUGAAAAGAAAACUUUCAAAUGUAAAGUGUGUGAUAAAACCUUCAGAAUGCGAUCUCAUCUUGUUUGUCAUGGACGAGUUCACUCAGGAGAGAAACCCUUUAGGUGUCAUUACUGCGCUAAAUCAUUCAGUGAGAAAUCAAGCUGUACUGUUCAUGAACGGAUCCAUACCGGAGAGAAGCCGUUUAAGUGUGAUCAUUGUGACCAAGGGUUUUGCAACAGUUCCAGUCUUAGACGUCAUAAACGCACACAUACUGGAGAGAAGCCAUUCAAGUGUAGCGAAUGUAAAAAGACAUUUAGACAACCAUCACAUCUCACAGAUCAUCAACGCACCCAUACUGGAGAGAAACCAUUCAAUUGUAAAGUAUGUGGAAAGUCUUUCUCCCGGAAAUCCAGUUUAACAAGACAUGAAAGUAUCCAUCCCAGAGAUUAUCUGAUCAAGGAUUGUCGCAAGUCUUUUAAUUAAAAAACACUAAGAAGACCAUGCAAACACUAACACACUAACACAACAGUUUUCUUUUCAAGAUAAUGGAAGAUAUUCAUUAUACAUGCAGGUCCGUUUUGAAAUGCAAGUAGCCCAAUCUGAACUGCAAAAUUCACUUCUUAUACGCUGACUUCUACAUUAAUUUUGUGGCAUCUCAAACAUUAUCAUUAUCACUGCUUGACAGGAAACAAUUUUUAACCAUGUUCCUCAAUUCACUUCUUACACGUAUUUCCAUAUGCAAUGUUCUUAAAAAAACUCAGUUUCGCUGAACAUGCGGCUCAUUUUUGAUAAAUCAGUACUUUUUCGUGCACACGUAUUCUUUUGCACGCAUGUCGAGUAUGGAUCCUUUCCCUAGAAGAGACGCUUUGCUGUUUUGAAGCUCGCACAUGUUGCUGAAUAUGUGUUGUACUGUUUAUCCUGUAUGUACCUUCAGUCCACUUGGCA